AUGAAGGCUUUCAACGCGAAUCUUCAGUUGCUCAGCCAAUUUACCAGGUCGUUUCUUCAGCCAUACACCCACGUUGGUAAACCUCUGCUCAGCGAGGUGGUGCCGAUGUUGGCACUGCGCCACUCGGACCCGAGCGAUCUGUACGCGUUCCUGCGGUCGUUCUGCGGAUUCAAUAAGCGUUUUGCUUCUGAUGGGCGCUUCGGGAAAAAAAAUUUUUUCGACUUCAUUCACCCUGAUACUGCACCUCCUGCUUUAAUUCAGGGUUGCGAUGAAGAAGCAGAAAACGAUGACGUCGUUAUCGAACUGUUUGACGAGUAA